AUAAUAAAACGCACCACAAUGAAUUUGAUGUUCCGCAAGAACUUUAGUGCCGAGAAAGCUUCGAGCGGUGAAACACGCACCGGCAUUACAGGCGUUUACGGUCCCUGCGCUCCUACAGGAACAAGCGGAACAAGUGUUCUCGGGCCAGGGGGCGCCAGGCUCGGAAUUCGCCCGAGUAUCGGAACCGCGGGGGGCCGUGGUCCAAUCAGAAGAAGCCGGGAAUUCGGAUACUCUCCGAUGGACGACCACCCUACUCACGCGUACAGAACUCAUCUGUUUCUUUCUCCGCCGUCAGGUGCCGUCGAGGAACCCGCGGAACGGAUUGGCCCUGGACCCAGGAGGAGUUCCUCUUCUCAUGUCGUGAAAUGGGGCGGCGGGAACAUCAACACUGCUGGGAACAAUAAUAGUGUUAGCAAUAAUAAUAGUGGUAAUAUCAAUAUUAAUCUUGGAACCAAACGGAAACAGAGCAAUCAGAUCAAGGACAUCUCGGAACCUCCCACUCCCACUGCUUCCAGACAGGUGUCAUUCAGUGGGAGGACGGGAGGAAUAUACACUCCGUUGGUAGUUUCUGGUAAUAGUCCGCCAAGAGGAGAGCCAAUAUCACUUGCGACUCUCGAUCGUGACUGUUUUAUCAUUCCUUUGGCUUCUGUCGAGCGUUUUCUUCCAGCUGGUGUUCCGCACGCGCCAAUAGCAGAUAAAAAGAAGCCAGGAAGUCCGCUGUCGGUGUUGGAAGUCGAAGAUCCAAAACAAUGUGUCUUGGCGCACUUGAUGACGCCUUUGGAGCCGCUUGAUCCUAUCGUCGAGUCACCAAUUGCAAUGCCGCUGGUACUGCAGCGGGAUACCGCUGCUGAACUGAUUGCAGAGAUAGCGCCAUCUGCGUCUCAGAGCAUUUUGUUGACCAACAUGGAGCGGAACGCGGAUUUUCCAUUUAUAACAUAUUAUUUAAUAAACAAGCACAACACUGACCCCGCGGAUUUUUACCAAGAAGUCCAAUGCGCAGCACUAAGAAAAUUUGACCCCCGAGAUCUCCGUUACGCUGCGAGUCACACGUUAGACUUGUUCAAUGAAGUCGCAACGAUAGCCAGGCCGCCAUUGGAGCCUCCUGGUGGCAGACCACCAAUCCCGUCCACUGGAUACAUCGUUUCCAUAUUCAAAGUCUUCGAGGGCGAUGAUAGUCUCAAGUUUGAGCAAAAUUGGCUCUACUGGACCGGAGCAAGGAUGAUUUAUCGGUACCUCCCAAAAUCCGUAGGACUAAAGCGGAUCACACUUCACAAAUCAAUGUCUCAAGGAGACAAAAUGUAUAUGUUAAUCUGCGAGUGCUCGCAAUUGCAAGACAACUUAUCAGCAGCAGCCAUUUUAUUACCGGCUCUAAGAGCGCGGCUCUGUGGGUACACAGGACUUUAUCGACCGUCGGUAUGCUUCUGA